AUGUGGUUUAGCGAUAAAGAAAGUUACUUGCCACAAGUAAAAUUUCUGCGAAAUAUCACAAAUGGUUCCUACCAACCUGGCAUGGAACCGAAACGGCAGCGCACCGCCUACACACGCCAUCAGAUACUCGAACUGGAAAAGGAAUUCCAUUACAAUCGUUAUCUCACUCGUCGCAGACGCAUCGAAAUCGCACAUACGCUGGUGUUGUCGGAACGGCAAAUAAAAAUCUGGUUCCAGAAUCGACGUAUGAAGUGGAAAAAAGAUAAUAAAUUGCCAAAUACUAAGAAUGUGAGGAAGAAAACGGUAGACGCAAAUGGAAAUCCAACACCAGUAGCGCCGAAGAAAUCAAAAAGGGUUAGUGCUAAGAAACAGGCGCAGCAACUGCAACAGACAACCCAGCAACAGUCGCAACAGCAACAACAAAAACCAGUGAUAAAUGAGUAUGCAGGUGGCAAGUCGAGUCUCCCUUGUACCCCUGGGGGUACACCUGGACCGCUUUGGGAAUCACUGGUGUAG